AUGGCCACUACACCAGCCCCGAAUAGUCUUGGUGCAGCCGUUGCCGCUGUGGCGUGGGUUUUCGCAGCUCUUGCAAUUGUCACCGUUGCAGCACGCUUCUACGUCCGACUGAAAAUCGUCAGAAAGCUGUUCAGGGAUGAUUAUGUUAUCCUAGUUACGUUUACUUUUGCAAUCAUCAACAGUGCUUUCGUGACCAUCUCGGUUUGGUGGGGCCUAGGUCAUCACAUAAGUGCAUUGGUGUCUCAUCCAGAGCGAGUCACCAACGCUGUCAAAUGGAUGUUCCUAUCCGAGAUAUUUGCCAUCAUGUCGCCCGGAUUCGGCCGUAUAUCAUUUGCCUUCCUGCUACUCGGCCUGUUGCCACCGAGCGGCCCUAGAAGUUUGCGUCCGAUGAUUCUGUGGAGCAUCAUAGCCAUACAAUUCGUCGUCGAUCUUGGUACAGUCAUCAUCAGCUUAGUCCAGUGCAGGCCCAUUGUAGGAUUUUGGGAUAAGAGCAUCGAAGCUGGCUGUUGGGAUCCCCGUGUGCAACAAUACGCGGGCUUUCUUCAGGGCUUGGCCUUGAGCGCCGUCAUGGGACUAAGCAUCAUUGCCAUGGUGGCGUCCAUUGUCAGAACAGUAAAACUUCAGGCGAUAACCGAGACAGACGACCAAACAUAUGCUAUGGCAGAAGCAGCCAUCUGGUGGACGGCUGGCAACAGCAUCCUGACGGACAGCCAUAAUAUGGCCCCGUUUGACAGAUUAUGGGAGCACAACACCUUCUUAAACGACAUCAGUUGUGGUGAUGACGGCAGUAGUGGCAAAGUUAAUACGUAUUGCAUGGACCCUGACAUCACGGUUUCGGUCACUUUAGGCCACCAGAGUCCCGACGUGCUUGACUUUCUGGCGACCACUCACCCCGGCUGCGUUGAUGGCACAAUCCAGCCGGCCAGAAUUUCACACCAAGAAGUCUACCAUAAUCUGGACGAAGUCGUCGUCUUGGAUGUCCAGUUCGCAUUCGGCGAAAAUGACAAACUUGGCGCGGCAAGGGAGAAAGCAGCCUCCCAGUCGAUGCUGCUGCCUGACUUUGCUUCCAUCGCGGACGGUCGUGAAAUCGAUUCGAUGUACUAUUCCCACAGAACCUUCAUCUGUCUACAGCUGCGGAGAUUCGUGGGACGUGACCUGAACAGUGAAAUUGAUGAGGAUGUGACGUACUGUUUCACUACGCCAGAGGACGGUGGAAUGAGACACGACCUGGUCUCAUCGGUCCCAAUACUGCUCGAACAGAAGCAACACGUCGACUUUGUAUUUGCCGUCCAGCUCACGCCCUCGAGUGCGUCGAUGAGCGGUCUGCGCGAGGGUCGUGGAAAUUUCAGAUUCUGUGCGGAAACAGCCUCAGCUGGGAGUGCAAUACUCUUUAUGAAUUGGAGCGCAACGGUGUCGGAGAAAAUGGGUUUCACUCCUGUUAACACUGCGCCUUGA